AGGGGACCGGAAGUGUACCUGGCCGCCCCCUUUUAUACUGGUUGUUUGUUGUUGAUUUGUCAUUUCUUUUUUUUAAACGUCGAACAUCAAAACAAAAUGGACUCAAAGGGACCCUCUCUUUAUGCAGUAUGUACAUGCCGUUUAACGGUAGCUGGUUGCGAUGUCAACGGUUGGCUUGCUCGCCAGCAGCCUCCUCAGUAGACAUAUCACGAAGCACAGAGGAGGACUCUUUGGUGGACGGACCUCUGAUUUCUGCUGACGCCCUCCACUCGGCCAUCAGGAGAGAGUUUCAGACUGUACCGACACCCUGCCAUGCUGGCCUGCUGUCUCUGCUGCAUGUCGUGUACGUGGUGUUGUCAAUGUGUGUGGCAGUGCUGUGUGUGUUGGAAUUAGGCCAAAAGGAGGUGUGUGCGAGUAUUUUGGGUAACGUGCGAGGCGACAGUGUCAUCGUGUUUGGGAAGGUGUUCUUAUGGUUUUUGGUGCUGUUGUUCACUGGGUGUGUGCAGCACCACCACAGCCAGGCCAGGAGCAGAGGAUACCUGCGAUUCUACAGACAGACGCAGCGACUGAAGCACCUGCCGCUCAUCGUAUACUCUGCAGGAAAUGUUCUGCUUCUGGUUGUUCUGGCUGUACAAGUAUCACCGACUAUCCAAACCUACAUGCUGCUCAGUGUUCUGGGGUUGGAGUUCUUGGUGGCAUUGCCUUGCCUGCUCUAUUACACAGUCCAGGUGAUGCGGUUCAACAGGGAGCAAGCUGCACCAGACGUGAGCCAAGAAGAGUAUUCACACACCUACAGUAUCACGAGCCUGCCGACGGAGACCGGCUUCAGAGAGGGCUCCAGUCUGGAGGAGGUGGUCGAGAAGCAAGCUGACCUGAUAGAGUACCUGAAACAGCACAACACCUUACUGAGCAAGAGGCUAAUCAACCUCACUGCUCAGCACUGACCACAGUCCAGCGUCUUCCUCCUCCUCCUCCUCCUCCCUGUGAACCAGAGUCUGAUGAUUCACUCGGCUCUCUUAACACAAAGGAGAGGGGGAUCGGUGGGUAUGAGAGAGGACUGGAGCUAGAAGAAACACAGGAUAAAAAGACUAAGGCAAUCCCUGUGCACACUAGCACCUGUGCGCACAGACUUAAGAUGGGAGGGCUUCUCCACAAGGCACCUGAGAUGGACAGAUAACACAGGAGGAGGUGAGCUUUAAGUGGAGGACAGUAAAAGAUGCUAAGUGGGAGGAGGAAGUGGGGAGUCAUGGGUCACAGAUCAGAGAUGAGGGGUUUUUAAUCAGUGUUAAGAGCCCCGGUGACCCAUUUAUGCUGCCGCUUGUGUUACUGUGAGAGAAACGGAGGAGGCGAAAUUUUUUUAGAGAUUAUCGGCACUAAGGAGGUGCUGAAAGGGUAGGAGAUACAGGAGGCAGAGGUUAUCAGGGUCAAACUAAAAAAAGAGAUUGUGUAACGCUGUAAACGUCUGUACAUGCUAUUUUAUCUGUCUGAAUGAGUAAAUGCUUUAUUUGGUUUGAAUGAAUCUGUUCUAUCAUCGAGUUUGUGUAUUUGUGACCACAUCCCAAUAAAUAUGUAAUACACACA